AAUAAUAAUAUGGAUGUUCAAAGUCUAGGAGGUUGAAUUGAUCACUCUUUGCUUUUCUGCCUUCGGAUCAUCAAAAGAUAUCUCCCUUACUGUCCAACAAGCCACACAGUCUCUUUUAAUUUUUUAAUAAUCAUUUUGGCCUCCUAUCCUAACGCUCACUCAAACCUUGUCUACUACUUCCCCUGUUGGUCUCCAAAAAGUCCAAACACACUAAUAAAAUAUACUACAUAGAAAUGGAACUUUCCAGUCAAGAAGAGGAGAUCCCAAUUCCAUUGAACAGUACAUAUGGUGGGGGACACGGUCAUCGGCAUGGGCACGGCCGCAUGAUCCAUCAUGCUCCUGCACCCCACAACCAUAUCAUACCUUCCUCAGAACCCCAAAUCCCUUCCACUGGACCCUCCUUGCUAACUAACCUAGAUGAUCAUGUGCCCUACAAGAAAGUGGUGAGGUAUAGAGAGUGCCUGAAGAACCAUGCAGCAGCCAUGGGAGGCAAUGCCACUGAUGGCUGUGGUGAGUUCAUGCCCAGUGGUGAGGAGGGUACAAUUGAAGCACUGAAUUGCUUAGCCUGUAACUGCCAUAGAAACUUCCACAGAAAAGAAAUUGAAGGUGAGCCGUCUUCAUGUGACUAUUACCCAUUGCAUGGUCCACAUCUGAGCAGGGUUGGAAGGAAAGUCAUCUUAGGCCACCACAAGAGUGUCCUACCUCCCGAGGCUCUAGGGUACCCUACAGGUACUCUUAUACAUUCAAGAGCAGCUCCAACACCCCACCAGAUGAUAAUGUCCUACAACAUGGGCUCCCUCCCUUCAGAGUCUGAUGAACAGGCCGUAGACGGUGGUGGGAUAGUGGGCAGACCAGCCCAGUUAAUGAAGAAAAGGUUUAGGACAAAGUUUACCCAGGAACAGAAGGAUAAAAUGCUUAACUUUGCAGAGAAAGUUGGGUGGAAAAUCCAAAAGCAAGAAGAAGCUGUGGUGCAACAGUUCUGCCAAGAGAUUGGAGUGAAGAGAAGAGUCCUCAAGGUGUGGAUGCACAACAACAAGCACAAUCUAGCCAAGAAAAAACAUUCUUCCACCAACAAUGCCACAACUACUACUACACCUGAUGCAUGA